AUCUAGAGACAAUGGCCCCGAGGGAAUGGACCCCGAUGGCAUCAUUGAGAGCAACUGGAAUGAGAUCGUUGACAGCUUUGACGACAUGAACCUGUCGGAGUCGCUCCUGCGGGGAAUCUACGCCUAUGGGUUUGAGAAGCCCUCUGCCAUCCAGCAGCGAGCCAUUCUUCCUUGUAUCAAGGGUUACGAUGUCAUUGCACAAGCUCAGUCUGGUACUGGGAAGACGGCCACCUUCGCCAUUUCUAUCCUCCAGCAGAUCGAGCUAGACCUCAAGGCGACCCAGGCCUUGGUGCUGGCCCCAACCCGAGAGUUGGCCCAGCAGAUCCAGAAGGUUGUGAUGGCCCUCGGGGACUACAUGGGGGCCUCGUGCCACGCCUGUAUUGGGGGCACCAACGUCCGGGCCGAGGUGCAGAAGCUGCAGAUGGAAGCACCCCAUAUCAUUGUGGGGACUCCGGGCCGUGUCUUCGACAUGUUGAACAGGAGAUACCUGUCUCCCAAAUUCAUUAAGAUGUUCGUGCUGGACGAGGCCGACGAGAUGUUGAGCCGGGGCUUCAAGGAUCAGAUUUACGACAUAUUCCAGAAGCUGAGCGGGAACACCCAGGUGGUGCUCCUGUCGGCCACGAUGCCCAUGGACGUGCUGGAGGUGACGAAGAAGUUCAUGCGGGACCCGAUCCGCAUCCUGGUGAAGAAGGAGGAGUUGACCCUGGAGGGCAUCCGGCAGUUCUACAUCAAUGUCGAGAGAGAGGAGUGGAAGCUGGACACGCUCUGUGAUCUCUACGAGACCCUGACCAUCACCCAAGCCGUGAUCUUCAUCAACACCCGCCGGAAGGUGGACUGGCUCACAGAAAAGAUGCAUGCCCGGGACUUCACCGUCUCUGCCAUGCACGGAGACAUGGACCAAAAGGAGCGUGAUGUGAUUAUGCGCGAAUUUCGCUCCGGCUCCAGCCGCGUCCUCAUCACCACUGACCUGCUGGCCCGUGGCAUUGACGUCCAGCAGGUGUCGCUCGUCAUCAACUACGACCUGCCCACCAACCGGGAGAACUACAUCCACAGGAUCGGCCGAGGGGGGCGCUUUGGCCGGAAAGGGGUGGCCAUCAACAUGGUGACCGAAGAGGACAAACGCACCCUGCGCGACAUCGAGACCUUCUACAACACCUCCAUCGAGGAGAUGCCCUUGAACGUGGCCGACCUCAUCUGAGCGCCCCCCAGUGGGCGCCUCGGGCGCUGCCCCCGCGAGCCACUGUCAUGCGCUGGCUCCGGACACUUUUUUUUUUAAUUAUUUUCCCUUUUUUUUUUGUUUUGUUUUGUUCUUUUGAAUAAAUGUCACUUUUUGGAGGUGAAAAAAAUCCAA